GCUGCACAGAAACACCUAUUCACUUCCUCAGAAACACAAGACAGACAGGUAUAUCUGGUCAGGGCAUUGACCUCAUCUCACAUAUACAAGUUCAGCUGCCACAAAAAGCACCAGCCAGCACCAACCAGCUACCAACCAGCUGACAAAUGAAGAACUCUGAGACAUACUAUAUGGGGGAAAAUUUGCCUACAAGAAGAGAAAAGUCUGGCUGGUUGUCACUUUUUCCUGAAAUUAUCUAAAUUACCUGAUAAAAUCCUGUGAAGCACUUUUUCUACAACAAGGAUUAGCCAUGUCCUCUUCAGUCCUCCAGUGGGUCUGGCUGCGUCACUGUGUCUUCGCCACCCUCACGGUGUUGUGUGUUCUGGGUGUCUUCAUCAUGUACUACAAACCUGACAUCAACAUCCACAUGUUCUCUCAAAAGGAGGGAGACAAUCAUUCCCAUCCCAUAGUUGUGUGUCCACAACAACCAAAUUGUUCCUCAGAGCAGAACAUCAAUCAGGUGCAAAAGAUCCAGGCUGCAGAAGGGGAUGCAGAGCCUGACACCAUCAUUUUGAUCUGGAUGUGGCCGUUUGGCUUCAAGUUUGAUCUGAGCUGCAGAGUGUUCGGUAUCACAGGAUGUCACUUGACAGAUGACAAGAGUCUGUACAGAAAGGCCCAUGGUGUCCUCUUCCAUCACAGGGACAUCCAUGGAGAUCUGGGCAACAUGCCAAAGGAGCCACGGCCCUGGUUUCAGAAAUGGGUGUGGUCAAACGCAGAGUCGCCUGCAAACUCAGGUCAAAUACCUGGGCUCGAUCACUUGUUCAAUCUGACAUGCAAUUAUCGCCGGGAUUCAGAUAUCCCAGUGCCUUCUGGGUACUUGGCUCCAGUGACAGACAGGGAUCAGAGUUUCAAACUGCCAGCCAAGGACAAACUGGUCUGCUGGAUUGUGAGCAACUGGAACCCAAAUUUUAAGAGAGUUCAGUUCUACAAUGAGCUGAAAAACCACAUCAACAUAGACGUUUAUGGGAAUGCCUUUGGUCGAAGUGUAAAUAACCAAGAUUUUCCAAAAAUAAUAUCUAGUUGUAAGUUCUACUUAGCCUUUGAAAACUCUAUCCACACAGACUACAUCACAGAGAAGUUGUACAAUCCCCUGAAUUUGGGAACUGUGCCAGUAGUCCUGGGCCCUACAAGACAAAAUUAUGAGAAUUAUAUCCCAGGAGAUUCUUUCAUCCAUGUAGAUGACUUUGCCAGUCUAAAGGAGCUGGCAGAGAGGCUGCUGUACCUCGACCAGCAUCCUGCUGAGUACAGCAGAUACUUCAACUGGAGAGAACAUUUUAAGGUCAUUCAAGCACAGUUUGGUCGUGAACAUGCUUGCAGAUCAUGUGAUUACUUACAAAAACACAGAGGUUACCAAGUUUUUCAUGAUCUCAACAAAUGGUACUGGGGUUAACUUCCUGGGCUAUAAAACAGGAAACAGGAAAGGUAGAAGUGCCGUUUCAUCCUAAUGCCAGAUUGCUUACUUCUUGUACAGCCAUUGUCUGUUGUUAUUCGUUGUGAUUGAUGGAACAACCUCCUGUUCAAAUCAUUCAUGUGCUCAAUGGUAUUUUCCUUUUUAGUAUUAUUUUCUUACAUCACUUGGUAAGUUUUUCAAGAUUAUGUCUGUAAUGUGUAUUUUUGUCUCUUUCAUGGUUGCUACCCAUGCUGUUUUGCCUUUAUCAUAAUGUGCUUUAGUUCGACCUCCUUUGCUCUCAGGUUAGAUUAUAUUAGUUUAGGAAUUGCUCCUUUGCCUGGAGGAAGUUUCAUGCCAUUACUUUCACAAUUACUAGAUUCUAGACUUGUGCUUCCUGGAUGAGUGUUCUUCCUGGAUGAACAGUUCUUUCUUUUGCCUUGUAUGAAUAUCCUGUUAUUCAUUUAGGCAAAUCAACCAUAGCUAUCAUCUGGCCCUGGAAUGUGAGGCAAUGAAACCGCUCUGUUGGUUGCGGAAGGGCAGUUUGGGAGUGCCCCUCUUUUGAAUCACCUCCAUACUGUAUGCAGUACAACAUGCAGGUGAGACAGCAGCUCAAGUACAGGACUAAGUCAUAUACUUGAGCUGCUACUGGUUCCUAAACAUUCUUAAUUGUUUAGAGUCCAGUAAUUUUAGGCCAAAAUUGGGGUCACCCUAGGACAAGUUGCAAGAGAAGCA